AUGGGCAUGGGAAGGGCGGAAGAUUUUAACGACAGACAAAUCGAGAUUGAUGCCAAAAACGAGCCUUACAAUCAAUAUCAAUAUGAGGCCGAGGGAAAUGAUUCAUGGGCAGGAGCACUUCCGGUAAAGCAGGGUUUAUAUGAUCCUAGCUUGGAGAAGGAUGCCUGUGGUGUGGGUUUUGCUUGUAACAUCAAAGGCAAACCCAGCCACAAAAUCGUCAGCGAUGGUGCUGUGGGUUCCGAUGCGAGAGAUGGAGAUGGAGCUGGUGUGAUGACAUCUAUUCCUCAUAAAUUCUUUAUCAAAAACUUCGAGCGCGAGACGGAUAUCAAGCUUCCACCGUUGGGUCAAUAUGCUGUGGGAAAUCUCUUCUUCAAGCCAGAUGAGGAAACUUUACAAGAAUCAAAGAAACAAUUGGAAGAGAUCUCAGAGUCACUGGGAUUAAGAGUACUGGGGUGGCGAGAGCCUCCUAAAGAUUCUACUCUUCUUGGUCCUGCUGCUGCAUCUCGUGAGCCGAUCAUAUUGCAGCCCUUCGUAGUGCUAGCAUCUGCAUAUGGCCCAGGAAAUUCGCCAGAAACUACCGAUCCUGAGCUAUUUGAUGAGAAACAUUUCGAGAGACAACUUUUUGUACUCCGAAAGCGUGCAACCCAUACCAUUGGUUUACACAAUUGGUUCUACUUGUGCUCCCUAUCUAACAAAAACAUUGUUUAUAAAGGACAACUCGCCCCUGUACAGGUUUAUCAGUAUUUCUAUGAUCUGGUGAACGCCGAUUACGAAGCCCAUUUUGCUCUUGUACAUUCACGUUUUUCUACAAAUACUUUCCCUUCAUGGGAUCGUGCUCAACCAUUACGAUGGGCAGCUCACAAUGGUGAAAUCAACACCCUUCGAGGAAAUAAGAACUGGAUGCGUGCUCGAGAAGGUGUGAUGCAAUCAGAUGUUUUCGGCGACGACCUUGAAUCAUUGUACCCGAUUGUCGAAGGUGGUGGCUCCGACUCUGCUGCAUUUGAUAAUGUUCUCGAGUUACUCACUAUCAACGGUGUCCUUUCUCUACCUGAAGCUGUUAUGCUGAUGGUGCCUGAAGCGUGGCAGGACAAUGCCGCCAUGGAUCCAGCCAAGGCUGCUUUCUAUGAGUGGGCCGCUUGUCAAAUGGAACCUUGGGAUGGACCUGCAUUGUUCACCUUCGCCGAUGGUAGAUACUGUGGUGCAAAUCUUGAUAGGAACGGUCUUCGACCAUGUAGAUACUAUGUCAUGGAUGAUGACAGAAUCAUUUGCGCUUCUGAGGUCGGUACUAUCCAAGUGGAUCCAGAACGUGUUAUCCUCAAGGGCCGUCUGCAACCAGGAAAGAUGCUUCUCGUCGACACCGUCGCGGGGCGCAUCAUCGAUGAUGCAGAGUUGAAGAACACUGUCGCUAAGCGACACGAUUUCCGAUCUUGGCUUCACAAGGAACUCGUCAGCCUACCCAAGGUUCAUGAAAAACUGAUUGCCCAAGGUGUCGUUGACUUGGACCCCAAGCCAUCUGAUAGUACUAUUCAGGAGGAUGCUCUUCUGAAGGCUUUUGGCUAUACGUUUGAGCAGGUUUCGUUGCUUCUUGCACCGAUGGCGUCUGACGAAAAGGAAGCACUUGGUUCCAUGGGUAACGACGCACCUCUUGCAUGUCUUGCCAAUGCUCCUCGUCUGUUGUACGAGUACUUUCGCCAGCUGUUUGCCCAGGUCACCAACCCUCCGAUUGACCCCAUUAGAGAAGCUAUUGUCAUGUCCCUCGACUGUUAUGUCGGUCCUCAAGGAAACUUGUUAGGAAUGGAGUCAUCACAGUGCGGUAGAUUGUUACUGCCAACACCUAUCCUCUCUAUUCCCGAGUUUAACGCUCUCAAAAACAUCAACAAGUUCUAUCCAAAAUGGACAUCCAGGGUCAUUGAUCUGACAUUUCCAAGAUCCGAAGGGGUUGAUGGAUACAUUAGACAUUUGGAUUACAUCUGCGAGCAAGCCACCGCUGCUAUCGAAAACAACGAUUCAAUAAUCAUUCUUUCCGAUCGUGCAACAUGUGCCGACCGAGUCUCAGUGUCAACUCUCCUUGCUUCCGGAAUGGUCCAUCACCAUCUUGUGAACAACAAGUGGCGAUCACACGCUGCUUUGGUAGUCGAAACUGCUGAAGCCCGUGAGGUUCACCACAUGUGCGUGCUUGUUGGAUAUGGUGUAGAUGCCGUCAAUCCAUACCUUGCAAUGGAAUGCAUCAUCAAGCUUAACCGUGAAGGUCUAAUCAGAAAGAAGCUUAGUGACGACCAGCUCAUUCGCAACUACAAGUACUCUGCCGAUGGUGGUAUUCUCAAGGUCAUGAGUAAAAUGGGUAUCUCUACACUUGCCAGUUACAAAGGUGCUCAAAUUUUCGAAGCCCUAGGCGUUGACGAUACGGUUGUGGACCGAUGUUUCAAGGGUACUGCAACGAGAAUCAAGGGUAUAACUUUUGAACAAAUUGCCGAAGAUGCUUUCAGAUUCCAUGAGAACGGUUUCCCAUCACGAUACACUGUUAGAAUUCCAGGCCUCGUUGAAUCUGGCGAGUAUCAUUGGCGUGAUGGUGGCGAACCUCACAUUAACGAUCCUACAUCUAUUGCCAACAUUCAAGAUGCCGUUAGAACGAAGAACGAUAAGUCGUACGAGGCUUACUCUCUUUCCGAAUACGAGCAGAUCAAAUCAUGCACAUUAAGAGGUCUUCUUGAUUUCAAUUUUGAGGAGAGCAAUCCAGUUCCAAUUGACCAAGUCGAGCCAUGGACAGAGAUUGUCAGAAGAUUCUGUACUGGUGCCAUGUCAUAUGGUUCUAUCUCCAUGGAGGCACAUUCCACUCUCGCUGUUGCAAUGAAUCGCCUCGGUGGUAAAUCUAACACGGGUGAAGGUGGUGAGGAUCCAGAACGUUCCGAGGUUAUGUCAAAUGGUGAUACUAUGAGAUCAGCUAUCAAGCAAGUCGCAUCUGGAAGAUUUGGUGUUACCUCCAACUACCUCGCUGAUUCAGAUGAGCUUCAAAUCAAGAUGGCUCAAGGUGCUAAACCUGGAGAAGGUGGUGAGCUUCCUGGCCACAAAGUAUCUCAGUCCAUUGCCAGAACCCGUCAUUCUACUCCUGGUGUUGGUCUCAUUUCCCCACCUCCUCAUCAUGACAUUUACUCCAUUGAGGAUUUGAAACAAUUGAUCUACGAUCUCAAGUGUGCCAAUCCUCGUUCUAGAGUAUCUGUUAAGCUAGUAUCCGAAACCGGUGUGGGUAUCGUUGCUUCUGGUGUUGCCAAAGCAAAGGCCGAUCACAUCUUGAUUUCUGGACAUGACGGUGGAACUGGCGCUUCUCGAUGGACUGGUAUCAAAUAUGCCGGUUUGCCAUGGGAGCUUGGUCUUGCCGAGACUCAUCAGACUUUAGUUUUGAAUGAUCUCCGUGGUCGUGUCGUCGUUCAAACUGAUGGUCAACUUCGAACUGGUCGUGAUGUUGCCAUUGCAUGUUUACUUGGUGCCGAAGAAUGGGGUUUUGCUACUACCCCUUUGAUUGCCAUGGGUUGUAUCAUGAUGAGGAAAUGUCACUUGAACACCUGCCCGGUUGGUUUAGCCACUCAGGAUCCUGAGCUACGAAAGAAGUUCAAGGGUACUCCAGAGCACGUUAUCAACUUUUUCUACUACAUUGCCAAUGAGCUCAGAGCCAUCAUGGCAAAGCUUGGUUUUAGAACGAUCAACGAAAUGGUUGGACACGCCGAAUGUCUAAGAGUACGGGAUGAUCUUCGAACAAAGAAGACAAGCAAUAUAGAUCUCUCUCUUAUUUUGACUCCUGCUCAUAAACUCAGACCUGGAGUUGCUACUUUCAACGUUCGCAAACAAGAUCACCGACUUUACGUCCGCCUUGACAACAAGUUGAUUUCCGAGGCAGAAUUAACUCUUGAUAAGGGUCUACCAUCACGAAUUGAGUGUGACAUUGUCAAUACUGAUCGUGCUAUGGGCACUUCUUUGUCAUAUCAGAUUUCGAAGAGAUAUGGUGAGGAUGGAUUGCCUAUGGACACCGUACACGUCAAUAUCAAGGGAUCAGCUGGUCAAUCCUUCGGUGCUUUCCUUGCUCCCGGUGUUACCUUGGAGCUUGAAGGUGACGCAAACGACUACGUAGGAAAGGGUCUUUCAGGUGGUCGUUUGAUUGUCUACCCGCCCCGUUCCGCCGUUUUCAAGGCUGAAGAGAACGUUAUUGUUGGUAACGUCUGCCUUUAUGGUGCGACUAGCGGAACUGUCUUCUUCCGUGGUGUUGCUGCCGAGAGAUUUGCCGUCCGAAACUCUGGAGCCACUGCAGUAGUUGAGGGUGUUGGUGACCAUGGUUGCGAGUACAUGACUGGUGGUCGUGUUCUCAUCUUGGGCUCAACUGGACGUAACUUCGCUGCCGGUAUGUCUGGUGGUAUCGCGUACAUUCUCGAUAUCCAGCAAGAUUUCAUGUCCAAGCUGAACACAGAGAUGGUUGAGGCUUCGGGUAUUGAUGACCCAGCUGAGAUUGCAUUCGUUCGAAGCUUGAUCGAAGAUCACCACCACUACACUGGCUCUGAGCUUGCUGCACGCAUUCUUCUCGACUUCAACAGAGCACUGCGCCGGUUCGUCAAGGUUCUACCUGUUGAUUACAAGCGUGUCCUUCAAGAAGAAGCUGCCAAGGCUGCUGAAGCCAAGAAGGCAAGAUUUGCUUUGCCAUUCCUUCCAGGAAAUCCAUCCCGUGAACUUCAUGAGAAGAACCAUAAGGAGAACAAGAAGCCAUCUGAUCUCCAGGAUAUCGAGGAGACUAUUGGAGAUGCUGCCGUUGAAAAAAAGCGAUCUUUGGUUUUGGACAAAACUAAGGGUUUUAUGAAGUAUCAACGUCGAUCCGAGAAAUAUCGCUCAGCCAAGACUAGAACUCGCGAUUGGGCUGAACUUUCCAAGCGCCUCGAUGAAGAUGAGCUCAAAUAUCAAGCUGCUCGUUGCAUGGACUGUGGUGUUCCAUUCUGUCAAUCUGACUCGGGUUGCCCAAUUUCCAACAUUAUUCCUAAAUGGAACGAAUUACUUUUUGCGGGCCAAUGGAGGGAUGCUCUUAACCGUCUUUUGCUUACCAACAAUUUCCCUGAAUUUACUGGUCGUGUCUGCCCCGCCCCCUGCGAAGGUGCAUGUGUCCUUGGUAUCAACGAAGAUCCUGUUGGAAUCAAGUCCAUUGAAUGUGCUAUCAUUGACCGUGGUUUCGACAUGGGUUGGAUGGUUCCACAGGAACCAAAAGUCCGCACUGGCAAGACUGUUGCCAUUAUCGGCUCUGGACCAGCUGGUCUUGCUUGCGCCGAUCAGCUCAAUAAAGCUGGCCACAAAGUCACUGUCUACGAGCGAGCUGACCGAGCUGGAGGUUUGCUAAUGUACGGUAUUCCAAACAUGAAGCUUGACAAGAAGAUCGUCAAGCGUCGUACCGAUUUUAUGGCUGCUGAGGGAAUCACAUUCAAGACUAACGUCGCAGUUGGUCAAGAUGUCCAGCUUAUGGAUCUCAAGGCUGAAAAUGACGCAGUGGUGAUCGCUACUGGAGCCACUGUUGCUCGUGAUCUACCAAUUAAGAACCGAAGCCUCGAAGGUAUUCACUUCGCCAUGCAAUUCUUGCACCGCAACACCAAGUCCCUGCUUGACUCGGAGCUUGCUGAUAACGAAUACAUCUCCGCCAAGGAUAAGCAUGUCGUUGUUAUUGGUGGUGGUGACACUGGAAAUGACUGCAUUGGUACUUCCGUUCGUCACGGUGCCAAAUCGGUCACAAACUUUGAGCUUUUACCUCAGCCACCAAAUGAGCGCGCCCGUGACAACCCAUGGCCUCAAUGGCCACGAGUCUACCGUGUAGACUAUGGACAUACUGAGGUUAAGCAACACAUGGGCAAAGAUCCUCGUGAAUACUGUGUCAUGUCUGAAGAGUUUGUUGAUGAUGGAACUGGAAAGGUCAAGGGUAUCAACACUAUCCGUGUCGAAUGGACCAGAUCUUCCACUGGUGGUUGGGACAUGAAGAAAAUCGAAGGAUCCCAGCAAUUCUUCCCAGCUGAUCUUGUGCUCUUGUCUAUGGGCUUCCUUGGUCCCGAGGAUCGUGUUCUUGGUGAUGAAAUUGAGAAGGAUGGACGCAAGAAUGUCAAGACAGCUCCUGGAAAAUACUCCACCAAUGUCGAGGGUAUAUUUGCCGCCGGAGAUUGUCGCCGUGGACAAUCUCUCAUCGUUUGGGGUAUCAACGAAGGUAGACAAUGUGCUAGAGAGUGCGAUCGCUACUUGGAAGGAUCCUCUUCUUUGCCUGUCACUGGUGGUAUCGUUAAGAGCACCGCAUCCGAAAUCUUUGGUCGAGAUCCUAAACGUGAGAUCUUAGGACGUGCUGAUCGUGCUCCUAUCCAACUCAUCGCAGCUGCUGCGACAUAA